UGGUUUUACCAAAUAAAUUGAUAUGGUUUUACCAAAUAAGGAGAUGUGGCAAGUAAAUUGGUUCGGUGGGGUAUGAAAGUAUAAAACCUCACUUUACACUAUUUCAUUUCCCCAAAUUCAUCGUCAAGACUGUGCUAGGGUUUUUCCGAAGCCGACCGGCACUACAUCUUCUACGAAUUAUUCUAAAAUCUCGAUUCCAUAGCAAAAAUGGGGCAUUCUAACAUCUGGAAUUCUCACCCUAAGAGCUAUGGCCCUGGAUCUCGCGCUUGCCGUGUUUGUGGAAAUCCUCACGCAAUCAUUCGCAAGUAUGGAUUGAUGUGUUGCAGGCAAUGCUUCCGUAGCAAUGCUAAGGAGAUUGGUUUCAUCAAGUACCGCUGAACCAUAGCAUGGGUGGAUCUACAGCAGGAUCUGAUUUUGAAGUUUUUACAGACUAGAUUAUGUUUAUGCAUUAUAUCUUCUGUGUUGCGACCUCUAAAUGUUCGGCAAUCGGCACAACUUAAGCUUUGGUGGUUUUGACAUUUUUAUAAACUAUUGAAUGUAAAAGAUUCGAAUUAUGCAGAGAAUUAGCCUAGUCUUUGUUUUUGAUUGUAAGAAAGAUUCUUGAUGUUUGAGCAGUAUUGUUCGAGUACAACGCACA